AUGGAAGGCGCGGCAGCGUCGUUGCGACUGCCCAGCAAUUCGAAAAGACUUUCUGUGUGGUUUUCCGACGACUGUAACAAAUGUCGUCCUGUCGGCUUGAGAAGAAAUCAAAGGGUUAGCUUUUUUUAAAUCCUUUAAUAAAAAACAACUUAACUUCAAUCUUUUUCCCAAUGAAUCAAAAUAAUAUCGUAAUGAAUCUACUAAAAAAAUUGAGAACUGGAGUUCGUUACUUAUUGUGGUCUUAUUUCUAAUAAAAACACUCGGAACUCAAAGUUUUUCAAACAGAAGUCAUUAUAUUCCACCCUCGCUUUUCAUUAUUUCUUCUUCGACGUCAUUUUCUUCCCAAUUCAAGAAACAGGAGCCUCGAGGAUUUGCUUCUCGUCAUUUUGUUCAAAAGAUGUCAUAUGUUUCUUUUUCCUCCCUUUAUAAUCAUUAACCUAACAUCACCUGUGUCGAGAAUCGAAUCAACCAGAGAUAAUAGCGUUCACCGGGCGUAUUAAAUAAAUGCGUUCUCUACCUAUAAGUCCCUUCAUGUUGAGCCGAACGAAAACAAAUACUGAAAGAAGGUUGUCUAAUCCCGUUGGAUUUUGCGCUUUUUUGGGAGCGCCAAUAACCGGAUUGUCUUUUUUCUGUGUCAUUUUUUCAUUAGAGGAGCAAAAAUAACAUUUUUCAUUGUUUUCGUUACGAAACGAAAUUACUCUGGUCCUUGAGGUACGGUAAGGUGAGCAAAAUCGCAGAAAGAAAAGAUGUAAAUCCGUUGUAUUUUUAUUUUCAAAAAUUUUCUCCGGAGCUCGUUAAAGCGUGGUGAUACUAAGGAAAAACGUACAUGCCGUUUCAAUCUUUAAAAAACAACAAUAAAAUUGAAGUGUUUUCGAGGAGAACAAUGAACCACACCACCUUCCGUCUGACAGGAUUUCCAGAUGAAGAAAACAAUAAAUAAACUAAGGUAAACAUGAUGAAAACAAAGAUGUAGGAUAUUUGGUAUUUCUUAAGAUAAAUAGAAAGAGGAAAAUAUGUAGAAAAACUAUCUUGGAUAAAUAAUGGAUUAGGAGCAACUUUUCGGCACCAGAUUAUAUACCGUCUUUUGCUGUUUCAAACAUUGAAACUUGAAGUUUUAUUUUUGAAAACGCAAACAAACUUCAAACUUGUUUCAAAGCAAUCCUGCUCCCGAAACUUUCAAUUAUGGAUUUUAAAAGGGUUUUGUUCGACUCAGAUCUUGAAAAGGGCGUAUUGGAUCUAAUACGGCUAGUUUUUCCCACUCACAAAGACACUCUGAUCGAUAGUAUAAUUUUGAAAGAUUGUAUCCUCGAAUACCUUCGAACGAUGAAUCUUUGUCAUUGUCUAUGUGAGAAGCACUAAAAAUUAUCGAUUAUCGUUUCGUGGCUUUGGGUUUUGCCCAGAGAUAAUUUUUAAAAAAAGUUUUUAUCAGAUUUUUCCGAUUUAUCGCCUAUCCAGCGGUUCUACUAGAAAGAUUCAGAAAGUUUAGAAAAAUAGGACGAUUUCAGACAAAGCUGGGAACUGGCGGAUUUAAAAAUAAGUGGUAACUUAUUUAUUUAUUGUUAUAUAUCGAAUAAAAGCUCUGGUAUUUCAAGUUCUACAUACCAGACAUUGAGAAAAAAAAACCAAGAGUACUUGCAUUUUGUAUUUUGUUGCAGUAUUUAGAAGCUUUUAGUAGUCGGUCGAAAUAAAAGCCUUGGUCAACUCUAUCUAAUUCAACGUUUUUUUACGUGGUCCGCUUUUUCACUUUCACUUGUUUGUAUCACUCCGAACCGAUCAUCCUUUCCAGAAGAAGAGUCUCCAGACAAUCCUUCCAGAAGGCCAGAGGCAACAGUCAAAAAAUCUUGAGAGAAGAACAGGUGGGCGGCGCCACCCUCUGUUUUCUCAGGCUCACAAUAUCCUGCCACUUCCUUUUUUUGAUCCGACCACUCCGACUCCGCCCACUUUUCUCGCCGGCUCGCCGCCAGUGGGGCUUCGCCUGCAUUUGAAUCGAUUAGGCCUGUGUGUUUCGUACUUGCCUCGGACUACUCACCAAGGACUGAUCGACUCCCGAAUGAUUGUCUGAUAACUCGGAUUGAUCGAAUCUGUCUGGCCUAGUAUGCCACUGACGCGAGCCGUCAUGCACAAACUGCAGUUCGCCCGGGGAAUCGGCCAACGAGAGAUGCUCAGAGCCAACACCUUGCCGUCCAUUACCAGAGCUAGGGUCAGUUUGAGGCUUUCGUAGACUUAGUCUAAGUAAGACACUUAGAUGAAGCCCUCAGUUGAGGCCAGGGAUUCUUCUAAAACAAGAACGGAGACCUUUCAAGUAACUUCUGAAAAAAGAAUGUGAGCCGUUUGGAAAAUCAAAAUCAGUUUUAAUCUUUCCAAAUAUAUAAGUCAUGUCUUUGAAAAAAACUUCAAGUCAGCUUAUGGAUGAAAAAUUUUUUUUUCAAAUCAAAUAGAAUAUUUGAGCAAAAAGACCGAUUACCGAUUAGUCAGAGAAAAAAAGUUUCUUUUGACGAUUUUUAAUUGAAGGAAGAAAAAAAUAUCCUUCAAAUCAGUUUAGUAACUAUCAGUUUUUUUAAACAGAAAUCAUCGGUUUCUUCCAAAAGAGUUUUUUUUUCUCAUUUUAUAUAUCACCCGAAUAGUUUUCUUCGCUUUAUAAGUCAGAACGAACGAGUCAUAUUUUCUCUUGUUUUGUUCCUGUUUUUUGAGGUUAGAGCUCACUGGAAUUCACAUAAACUUAAGGCACACAUUCAUCCAAACCUAUGUUCAUUCGAACCCAUAAUCGAACCCAAAGCGAACCCAUACUCACCCGAACCCAUCAUUGCGUAAGCGUACCCUCUUGGUUAUCCCUAUCAUCAUUCGAAAUUUUUAACUGUUCAUUUCGAAUCCAUAUUUUUCAAACUUACUCAAACCUUGAAACAUAAGUGGAAUUUUUUUUAUUACAAACCAAAAAAAAGUUUAUUGGGCGUUUUCGAUGACAAAAAAGCAGAAAUUGGUGGGAAACAUUUUUAUUCCAAUGAUAACAGUGGUAACGAAAAGGGUACGCGUAGGAGUGGAUGGUUUUGAAUGAGCAGGGUUUGGAUGAGUAUUAUGAGUUCGUUUUGGGUUCGGAUGAAUGUUUGCCAAGUUUCAAGGAAGUUAUAGGAAUUUCUCAUGAAUAUCGACAUUUUUGCGAAUUGUUCAUCCACUUCUAGGCGCGUUCUCAGUUUGGAUAAGCCAAACGAAAACUCAUCAGCCGCUUAUCUCCCUUUCACCUGUAAAUCUGCGGUGUCAUUCUGUUUUUCAAGGAUAUUCCCGCCCUCAGAGAUUGAAGUGAAAAUGUUCCCUCGGAACCACACAUCGAGACUUACCACGAAUGAGUUGAAUCAAAUUGAGGGUUAUCGAAAAUGAUAGACUGGACACAUGGUUUCCGUGCACUGUUGCUGGGAAUCAUUGUUCAUGCAAUCAAUGUCCUAGCCAAGAAGGUAUAAAAAGGAUAUUUGGUGGAACUUCAUCUAUAACUCAUAUUUUGGGAGCGGAAAAUGAAAACAGGAAAUGAUUGACUUCGCUUGGUCCAACGGAAGCUCUCUCAAAUGUUUUUUCAUAUUUUAGGUCCACAUAUUUUUUACAACAUUUGCUUCCAACAUUUCUUCGUUGCCCAUGUAAGGCCAUGUUCCGUGGGUGUUGAUUAUCUUCACGUCUGAAUGCAUCCCAACAAGUCCCGCAUCCAAAAGAUGUUGACAAGAAGUUAUCCUCCGCACCUGUAACUUUGACAUUAUUAAAAGCGUGGGCUUAAUUAGCUGGGACCACUGAAACGCCCGCAAAAAUAUCAAAAUUAAAUUUGAUCUACAGCUUCAUAGAAAGUGAAAGUAAUUUUCCAAAUCUCUACUUCUGGAGAGAACAAAAAGCCAGUGAAGCUAAUCAUAACUGAAAAGUUCGAAAAAGUCAUUCUCUGUUCUCACACCAUUGGUCGAUUAGGUGAAACGAAAACGUGACAUUCGAAGCAAAACAAAAAAAAAUAACGUUAGUUCAUUCUAAGCACGCAAGCUAUUAUUUUCUUUUUCCGAAAGCAAAAAACUUGGUCGUAUGGUCAUUCCUCACGGAUUGUAUCCGAAAAAAGGUUCCCACGACACGUUCGUGUGCACUGAGAAAUAACAUUAUUCCCACGAUAUUUAUGUCACUGAGAUAUUUUGGUCGUGAGGUUCUUUCUUUGAACCCAUCGGUGAGGAUUCUGAGCUCGAAAUUGAGAAGCGUUUCGCAAAGAAACUAACUUUUGAUGAUCGAAAGACUUAUUUUCAAACUCACUGAGAUAGAGUGUGGUGACAUUUAGGUUUUGAUAACGGAAAACCAUGAAUGCGAAUUAAUGUUUUUUUUUCUGAUUUAACGAGUCUUCUUCUAGAGUAUUUCACUUACUGAAAUAUGGAAGCCAGGUUUUGAAAAAAAAACCUGAAUUCUGAAAAAUAAUCAUGAUCAUGUCAAAAGACGUUGUCCAUUCGUUAUUUGCUUUCCAAGACCUACAGUGGAGAAUAUUUCAGGUGGGAUGCUUCGCGAGGCUCCGGAUCUACGAGGAAAACGCGCGAUUCGUUUUGAUCUCUUUUCUUCUGGUGAUCUACCUGAUUAUCGGAGCCGUUCUCUUCCAUUAUUUGGAACGAGAGAACGAAGUCAAAGAAAAAAGAUCGGUUAGUUCCUACCAAUGCGAUCAUGUCUUGUCAGGGUUUUUUUUUCCAAAAAAACCUGGUUUUCCGCGAAUUCUCAAGGUCUAAUAGGUCAGCUAAUUUUUCUAAUUAAUCCCUUCAAUUAACAUUGCUGCAUGUCCCGUGAUGCCUUUGAACGCAUUAGUAAUACUAUUUUUCAAACCAUUUUUUGUUUGUUGUUGUUUUUAAACGAUUCUCAGAAAGGACAGGUGUCUUUCCAGCUGUCCUUUUGACUUUCGAAUAUUAGCAUUCCACAAAAGAAGCUAUGGCAAGAGAUCAAAAAUCACGAAUCAGAUGUUUAUUCAAAAAAUCAUGACGUAGCACCUCAGGAAACCGUUUUGGAGGGUCCAUUUAUCUGCAGUUCUUUCUAUGCAUUUGGAAUUUGUUUCGUGCUGCAAUCAUAAAUGGAAAAGCCGAGUCGAGAAUUCCUCGAAAAAAAAAUUGGGAUCUGCGGGAACCUAACGCGCUCUUUAUGAAACUAUUUGUAAGCACUAUAUUUUCUGAUUAACAUUUUUUAAAAAUUUUCGCAAUCGUUUUUUUAGUUUUCAGUUCAACUUAGAAAACAUUGAAAAAUCAUCUUUUUUUCCGUAUUCAAAAGUUUCAUUACCUCUCAAGUAAAGAAUAACCACUGUGGUUCAAAAAAGUUCCCGCUUGAAAAUUUUAUUUUGACCUCUCGAUUAGGAAGAAAGUUCUAAUCAUUUUUUCUGCAAAAAGAAAGCAGAAAUGUGUAAUCAAGGCCGAUAACUUAAUGAAUGUUAUCGAAUCAAAAGAAAAAAAAAACGAGUAUCCUAACUCAAUUUUUCCCACACACUAAACGCACUUUCGUUUUUUUUUUUACUUUUGCAGAACGCAAACCAAUCCUCAAGUAAUAUGACACUAUUCGAAACAACGUUCCCUUAUAUGGGGAGAGUAUGUUUCCAGGUGGCUUUGAACGGAUAUUAAAGCGGGUCUUGGCACGAAGAGAAAAGAGGAAAACAAGGGGCUUCUUCGGGAACAUCUCCUACGACCUAAUUCUUCUGAAAUAUAACGGCCUUGUUUUUGGCAAACGGAUAAAAUAAUAAAAAGUAGGUUCUGAAAGUAUAAAGUGCAGAUAGUUGGAAAAAGAAGCUAGAGAAGGGCCUAGGCUCAUUCUCAAUGCAUGAGUUCUUUAAUAAGAAAUUUAGCCCCAAAGCCGUUCGGAAACACUUUUUUUGGUCUCCAACAAGUGUUUCUCAUAUUUUUGAUAUACUUGUGCAGUGAGCAAAUGAAAAAAAGGUUUUCUGUUUUUCUUUUGUUAGGCGCAGGUAUAAUUUGAGACUCUAGUAAUAGUAACGCAACACGCCAUCCACUCAGCCCUCCACUUCAACUCCACUAAUUCGAAAAACAUGCAGAGGAUUCCGAAAAGUUAUCCGCUUCAUAUUUUUUCUUAAACUUUAUCCGGAAUAAUCAGAAGUACAUGGAAAUUUGAUAUGUACCACGCUGUCGACUUUCAAGAAAUCGGCAAAGUGUCCAAUUUAUAAUAUUUUUUUGUUCUUUUUUUCGUUUCACGCAAAUAAACGAAAAAAACGAAAAAGAUUUUGAAGUUUUUUUGAUGUCGAUUAACUUUUUUUCCCCGUUUUUUUGGAAAAAGUUGAAGUUGAAAUAUCACGCAGAUGGUUUAUUUUUCUAACAAGAUUUCAGGUUGAGAAGUCUUCUUCUUAUUAAUAAGUGGAAAUAAUUUUUUUGAUUUUUCUUCUCCUAUGUACACACACCCACACCGUCAGUGUUCUCCCACGCUGCCAGGACAUAAUCAGAAAAAUGGAGGGAAAAGCGUCCGCGGCAAAAUGUAUUUAAGAGAGGCUGUUCCCCAUGGCAACACCGUCAAAUCCUCGAUUUCUCGUGCUUUUCCGACGAAAUGUCUUUGUCUGCGGCGGGACUUCCAUCACGACAUCGAAACAUACAAAAAUGCGUUGUUUUGCGAAAAAGGAAGCCAUCAAAAAAAGGAGGAAGAGAAUGACUUCCAAAUAUGCCAAUUCUUGAGGAGAAUUACCAUAUUCACAAAGAAGAUCAUGAAGAGAUGUCUUGAACUCUGUGAACCUAGUUAAUUUCCUUUUCAUUCAAGUUCCUCGUUGAGAGCUUGGCCGGUUCCGUACACACUAUUAGUACUGGUUUAAAAAAAAGCCGCUAAAAAGCUUGUUCAAACGCUUCACGAUCCUUAUAAACUUCUGGAAUUUGUUUUAAGAAAAGAACUUCAUUCAAAUAAAAAUAGGCGGAAAUAUUUUGAUUUAAUUUUCGAACACAGAUCAACGAUAACGGAAAAAUUUCAUGAGGGACGACAAAAAAUUUUUGAGUUUUAUCAGCUUCCUGUAGAUGUUUUUGCUUUUACGACUGGAAUCGAAACAUUGCUUGCAUUAGAGUAAAAAUUUUCUAAGAUGAGCAAUGAAAGUUCUAUAUUUCAUAGAAGAUGACAAAAAGAUAUCUCUUAAACUAUAUGAACCUUGGUAACUUUCUUUUUGUUCAUACUCUUUUUCGAGAGCUUGAAAGUCCUCCUUCAACAGCAUUUAGCCUGUUCAAAACCUUUUUUGAGGUGUUUGAAGACGGAAAAGUCUUGCAUUAUCUGUAGACUCAAGAAAUUUCAGUUUGACGAGAAGAUGGACGAGUACCGCGAGGUGUUCUGCCAAGGUCGCGACCCAGCCGACUGUCAGUUCGACGACUUCGUUCAGAUGGUGGCCGACGGCGCCGCCAGCGGAAUGCUUCUCGACCGGCCUCGUUUUGAUUAUCUUGGCUCUCUUUUUUUCUCCGGCACGGUCAUCUCUACCAUUGGUUUGUUUUGCUACAAUUUAUUUUUAUCUUGAAAAGAAGUGCGCAAUACGAUAAGUUUUGGAGGCGCUCGUUUUGCUGAGACUCUACAGCUUUUAGGAUACAAAAUCUUUUUCGAGAAAAGCUUUCUUCUAGUUUUCCCUACGAAUGAUGUUUUCCACCCGAAUAGUCUUCCUAAGAAGUUCGAGUUUUUGAAGAGAAAACGUUUCAAAAAUAAUCUUCGUUUUUGUUACGACCAAGAAAAUGUUUCUGCCGAACGGCAGAGAAGCUGAAUGCCAACCGGCUUCCGACGCUUUUGGGCGAUGUCGUAACUGAUCUAUCGAUAAUCAGAGAACAAUCCUUCAAUAAAUUGAAACAGGGAGAAAAUUAUUAGUCCUGCAGGUUUCGGUACUUCGACUCCUCGAACUUCAUACGGUAGAUUUGUGACGAUAAUCUACGGAGUCGUCGGCUGCACGUGCUGCGUUUUGUUCUUCAAUUUGUUCCUGGAAAGGCUCGUCACUGCCAUGUCUUAUGCACUGAGGUCCGCUUUCGGAUACGCUUCUUAAAAAACAAUUCAUGAAGGUAUUUGCACGAAAGAAAGGUGCAGCGAAGACUGAGGAACAAUAGUCCCAAUAAGCCGGUCACACUUCUGAUCAACAACGAGGACUUCGCCGAGUCGGCUAGGUAAUCAUGAAGCGGAUCAUCUCCGGGGGGAAAUCAAUGGAUUCUCAGUUCUUGCGAGGGCCACAUGGACAACUGGCGGCCCUCCGUCUACAAAGUCUUCGCUUGUCUCUUCAGUAUGUGCUUCGUUCUGAUCAACGUCGCGGCGCUGGUUUAUUCUCGAGUCGAAGAUUGGCACUACAUCGAUGCCUUGUACUUCUGCUUUAUCAGGUUCUCAAUUUUAUCCUCGACUUUGAACUGAUAGAAAGGACUCGGCGUGUAGCGGUGACUUAUAGCGAAACAGAACCGAAAACGCGUCAAGAGAGAAAUUCCACCACCUUUCCAAUUAAAAAAACUACAUAUAAAAAAAAUAGAAAUUUGUUUGAUAAAAAAAUGGCUUCGCGUUCUUCUUUCCCACAAAAUUGAUAGUAUUCGAAACCCGCAAACAACCGCGAUAAGUUAAAAAUUUCAUGCCUUCCUUACUUUUUUCUCAACUUUCUCAUGGGAGUUUUCCAGCUUUGCCACGAUUGGAUUUGGCGACUACGUCUCUAAUCAGAAAGACGUUCAUGCCAUGAAUCCCGAUCUCUAUAGGUGGGUUUUUUCACAUGAAAAAGGAUACUUUUCAAUCAUCAAGUAAAUGAAUCAUGUAAUUGGAUGUGAACAAGAUAAUUUGUUUAAUUCCUUACCGUCAAUUCAUCAUCCACUUAGUUCAACUUUUUUCAGAUUCAUCAACUUCCUGAUUCUGACCUUUGGCGCCUGCUUCUUCUACUGUCUCAGCAACGUCUCUUCAAUCGUUGUCAGGUUUUUUUUUUGGUUCAAUAAGGUAAAUUCAAAGGGCAAUUAAGGCAACUACUCAAUUGGAUCAUCAAAAAGAUGGACGUGAAAGUGGAGGAUCGCUCGUUUUUGUGUUUCAAAAAGAAGCGACGGUACAUGGGACUGGGCUUGAGACCUCCUAAAGGUGAGUGAAAGGGAAACUGAAAUAGCUUCGCAUGAAAAAAGCUCACGUUUUCAUCUUCUGGAAGGGCAAAAAAGGUUUUAAAAAACUGCUGUGAGAUCGACACCCUUCAAUUAUUUCUGGCUAGGUCUGAAAAUGCAAAAGGCUUUAUGAUUAUGGGGUUCCCUCGGACAUGUUAUUUCCGCAAAAAUCCCGGGUUGCAGGCUACGACAUGACGUCAGAACGGUCCUCUGUGGACUACCAGGACGGUCUUCUGUCGUUGAAAGAGUUCCUGAUGAACAACCAGAGCUCGAUGAUCAUGCUCCAGAAGCAGCUCAUCAAGAGCGCCAUGAAGAACGUCAUCGAGAACGAGGAGCAGAAGAUUUCGGCGACGCGCGUCGGUCCGAUGGGCAUCCUCGACGAGGCGUUCGGCGACGAAAACUGA